CUGAAUGUUGAACUGCUUCACAACCCGCCCAACCAUGUUCUUAGGUUAAGGAAAUUGCAACCAACGACGCAUUCUAUUGGGAUAUGAGUAAAAUUAUGAGCUAAAUUUUUAUUGGUACAUAAUAACUACUUGGAAAUGUGGCCAUCCUUAAGUGUGUGGCAGUUUGUGUACGGCCGAACAUUCAGAUGAUUCAAGGAAUCUUUUACGCGAGGUUUCUUCCUCAAGAAGGAACCAAGAUCGUAGCUCAAUCCCCACCAGGAUGUAUCGUGGCAACAACAUAUACGCCGCAUCUCAAACCACCCCUGGUCGACUUCGACAUAAUCCAGGAGUACAUCAUCCCGCGGAAAGCUUUCUUCAACCGGUUCAUGACGGUAAACUCACCGGAUAAUAAAUACAGCAUCCUGCUAUUCCCAGUCUCCAUUCCCAAUGAGAGAUACCAUCGUAACGAGUUCAUAUUCAACUUCGGGCUAGUCAUAGAAUCAGAUGUAGACCAGAUCCCGUACGAGAAGCUGGUGAGGCGUCUAGCAGUAACCUUCGCUGAGAUGGAGCGUCAGCAUGGGUACCUAAGCUCAGAAGGGCGGGUGGACGAUGGCAGACGGCCCAUCGAAAGCUUGCUAGAGAUCGUAAAGGAAGACCUCAACAACUACGGCGAGUGUAUGAUCCCCGUCGACGACGCCAACACCCUCAAUAUGAAGCUUUUCCCUUACCACCCACCUCCCGCACAUGUCCGCGGCUGGCAUGUGCCCGUGCCCAAGAUGAAACUCGCCGACAUCGUCGACCCUACGUGGGACUUAACGCUGCAGAAGAUCAUCCCUCACGUUGAUGGCGUCAACGACGUACGCCGCAUCGCGUGGCUGGCCGACGUAUCCUUACCGCUUACACAAAUCGCGCUGCAGCACCUUCUAUACUACGACACGAUUCUCCUCUUAGACAUGUUCUUCUUUGGUAGCUGCUACGCACCGAGGCCCGGCGUACACGAUUUCAUCGUCAACAGGGACGGUAUCGUUGAUGAGUGCUCCGGGUAUGUAUGCGUUAGCAAUCCCCUUACUGGUAGCAGUAGUACUGUCAAUACGUCGUCUACUACUAGCACCACCGAGGACGGACAUGAUACCGCAACGGAUGCCGAUGUAGGACGGCAACAGCAGCAGCAACAGCCGGUAUCACACUACCAGCUGGUGAAGCUGAUGACCACGUUUUGCGCAGGGCGCAGUGUCAUGGAAUGGAUUAAGCUGCACCAGGAUGCGGGAUUCGACGUUCUCCGACACGUAGACGUGCGGCGGCUAGUUCAGUUCGGAGUGAUCAAGGGGUUAUUGUACCGGGUGCACAAGUAUGUUGUGUCAAAGCAAUGUCUUGAGGCUCUAGCGACAGGUAGACGCGUAUUAUCCAGAAGCGAUGAUGGUGAAGAGGAUACAUUGCUGCGAUACGCUGAUGGCUGCCACUGCUUCGACCAGAUCAUCACCGAGCAGAACAUGACGGAUGGCGAGAUCAUGAGGAAGCUGAGAAGUCUUGAACCGGGAGAUCGCACCGUGUUCUACCGGUAGUGGGUUCACGGAGGCAAAAGUGAUUAUAAAAGAAUAGCCGAAUGGAUGAUUCGCUAUGGUAGCAAAUAGGUUAUUCGAUGGAUCACAGCUCUAAGGCCGAUUCUAAACUUCUCUCUGUCAGGCAUACAAUCACGCGCUCGCAAGAGUAACCAAGCAGAUCAAACAGGUAUAUUUUGCUAGGCAGGCAGCAUGAUAGGCAACUAUGUUAGGAUUGUA